GGUUUAUAUAGUGCUGCUAAAUUUAGGCUCCAGCGAGUGCUCAGCCUCCUUAUCCUGAACGUGUUUCCUCCUCUCCUUGCAAUUGGUUUGGUGCUUGCCCCCCGUGCCUUUAUUUAUAAUCUAGGCCCCCUCUCACUGCAAGGAAAGUUUAGUUUUCGUACUGCACGGACGGACCUCUCCUCUGAGGGGUUUAACACUGUCAUUUAGUUGAACUUUAUUUUUUUUCUUUAGUUUUUUUUUACCUUUCUCUAUCGCUGUGGCAAUCUGUCCUGGAUUUAAGGAGCACAAAGAUGGCUCUGACGGAGACCAUCCUCCCUUCUUUUUCCACCUUUGCGAACCAAAGAGAGAAGUGCUUCCAAGAAAAAUGGAAGGGUGCUUAUGAAUCCAAGUCUUCGCACAACAGCUGUAAUGUCCUUGAAGUGAUGAACAGCACGGACGCCUUCUGCUCCAAGAAAGAGGAUGAAGAUCUGAACAAUGUUCUAGAGUUCGUCUUGUCAAUGGGCGCUGACAAGAAUAUCCAGACCUGUGGAGAUUAUUCCCUGUCUCCUACUGAAUCCUGCACUUACUACCAAACAACCCCUUCUCCAGGGGGCUACAGCUCCGAGCACAGCCCACCUCCUUAUAGUUCAUCUAGCCUCAUGACUGAACUUAUGAGAUCUGACCUGGACAGUUACUGUCAUGCAAACAACAUUCAGGGGAGGUUUUUUGUGAGUCAAAGCUUUGAUUUUCCAGACAACAUCAAAACAGAACCAACAGUGGACUCUUAUGGACCUAUAAUUGGCUUGGUGCCUCAGUCCUGUUCAAAAAUCAAGCAAGAAGGCAGUGCUGCUUGCAUGAUGGCAUAUGACCAACCAAGACUGGCAAACUCUCCACAGAUGGGAGGCAUUGACACUCCACCUCUGAGCCCAGAUGAUUUGAUGAUAAAUGACUGUCAAACACAAUUGAUGUGCCACCCAGCAAUGCCAUACAGCCAUGGUUACCCAAACGCAUUCCAUCAUUCAUCUUCCAACCAGUAUCAAGGAUCUCCACAAUUUGGCAUGUUUGAGGACAAUUUAACUAUGCAGCUGUCUGCUGCCAGGGGGGUCAUAACUCCACCAUGUUCUCCCUUGGAAAUCCUGGAUGCCAAACCAAAGAGGGGGCGCAGAUCAUGGCCCAGAAAGAGAACGGCUACGCAUACCUGCUCAUAUGCUGGCUGUGGAAAGACGUAUACAAAGAGCUCUCAUCUCAAGGCCCAUCUAAGAACCCAUACUGGUGAAAAACCUUAUCACUGCAACUGGGAAGGAUGUGGAUGGAAGUUUGCCAGAUCCGAUGAGCUUACACGCCACUUCCGCAAACACACUGGUCAUCGGCCCUUCCAGUGUCACCUGUGUGACCGUGCCUUUUCUCGCUCAGACCACUUGGCCCUGCACAUGAAGAGGCAUAUGUAAAUCCUGGACUAUAGCAAAUCAGUGUGGCACAUUAAACACAUGGACUGAUUUGGGUCACACUACAGCUGGUACUGCGUGGGCGUUUGGAUGUCCUUCUGCAUCUCUAGUGGAACUUGCAAGGAUUAACUUGACUUGGUGAAGACUAAGGCUGGACCUAGUAACUUGAACUUGCGCAUUAACUGGAAAACCUCAUGGAUGGGGGUUAUUUAGAGAUAUCUGUAGAUAAAGCUGAAUUCUUAGAUUUGUUAACCCUUUGCUUGCUUUAAAAGCAGCAAACAGCAUUUCACAGGGCAUUGAAUGUUAAACGUGGAUAAAACAAUUUGACCACAUUGCAUCGUUUGAUGCAGAAUAGCUCUAUGUAUUUGACAUUGUCUGUAUUCUUCAUGCAGCGCCUGUUUAGCCCAGGUCCUGUCACUACAGUAUGCACUUCUCUUCCCUGAAGUAUUGACCUUUCAUGGGGCACUUGUUAAUCACUGUAAUGUAUGCGGGCUGGGUAAAGUCUUCCAGAAGAAUUCGCAGUGCAGUGAAUGUAUGUAUUUUUGACAUUCCAUUGUUUAACUUGAUUGUAACUGCCUACUACAAGACAAUGUUUGUAUGAAACUGCCAUAUCGUGACGUUAUUUCUCCUUUGACAGGAUAAACCCUUGAGUAUUCGAGAAUAUCCUGUUCAAUAUAUGGAUUGCAUUAAGACUUUUUUUUUUUUUUUUUCAUGAAAUAUUUUAUAUAAGCAGAGUGUUUGUAAUGUUACA